UGUCAGUUUCUGACAUAUUGUUUUCAAUUGGAAGCAUAAUAUUUAGAAUUUUAUUCCUUAUUUAUUCUCGAAUUCUUUUCUAUGUAUGUAGGUCAAUUUAAUAAAACACACUUGAUAUUGGCAAAAUCUACGAGAAGACGCCAAUAACUUAUAGAGUAGAAGAAUAGAAGUUCUUUAUUUUGUCUAGUAGUCAAAAAUUUUGAUUUAUCGACAAAAACUAAUAACCUGAAAUCAUGACUGAAGUAGACGUCAAGAAAAGUAAAAGUAAGGUAUCCAUGCACCAAGUUAAAAGUCAAUCGGCUACAAGAUCACAAAUGAUUCUUGGUCCAAAAUCAACCAGCAGGCUGAAGGUCAGAAGACAGUCUUUUGGUUUCUCAGGGGUACCUGGGAUAAGACCAGUUGAAAGGACUUCACAGACAGCAAUAGAGUUCAAACGUCCACCUUUGUACUACCUGCCUACCUACCAGUUGGAAUCCAGUAAUCCAUUUCAUAUACCGUCGGUAAAGUUUGCGACGGAUGAAACGCUUGAUGAACAUUUUACGGGUCAUAAGUAUAACAUGCAGGAAUCUCCGGCCCUAGCUCUUCGAAUAGCAGGAGAACUCAUGCGCAAAGUCAAGGCGAUGCAGUUCAACCGCUAUCGCAUCAUCAGUGUCGUUACAAUCGCCCAAAAACGAGCUCAGUCCUAUAACAACAUUAUAUCGUUUCUGUGGGAUCACGAGCGGGACAAUUAUGUAGAUGUCCAAAGGGAAGUUCAUACUGCAUUCAUUCAAGUCACUACCUUUGGUGUGUAUUUCGAUUGAAUUUGGAUUAGACCGUAAGGGUGCGUUUACAGAAUAUCUUUCUUAGGAUUUUCAUUUACAUCAUGCCGUUUGAAUUUGUUGGAAGAAAAAUUUUGAAAGAAAU